GAUUUUACUGCAAAUCCGGAAGGCGGCCUUUGCGACCUGCGAGGCACUGGGCCGCAGGGCCUGACGGGACGCCCAGGCUGCCCCGCGGCCCUUCCCGAGGUGCCCUGCGGCGGCCGAGCUGGCGCCAGAGCUGAAGCCGUUGCCGCCUCUCCGGAGGUCAGCACAGAAAUGCCCUCCGUGGUCCUCACGGAGCCUGAGCAUCAUUUUAUUGUUUCAAACUGGACCGCCGUGGACAUCGGCGUCUACAACACCGUGGACUCCGUGGUGAUGGCGUUCUACUUGCUGCUGGUCCUGAUCGUCGGGCUGGUGGCUGUGCUGUUCCGCAGACGUGCGACAAUAGGAGACUUCUUCCUGGCUAGCCGAAAUCUCACAUGGUUCCCGAUAGGUGCGUCCCUUUACGCCACAAAUAUCAGCAGUGGUCACUUCAUGGGCCUGCCUUGGAAAGGAGCAGCUUCGGGGAUUGCUAUUGGUACCUUCCAGUGGAUCUCUGUAAUUCAGCUCUGUGUUCUUGGCUGGGUGAUUCUUCCUGUUUACAUCAAGGCUGAGGUGGUGACAUUGCCAGAAUAUUUGAGGAAGAGGUUUGGGAGCUUCCGGAUCCAGAUUCUCAUCUCUGUUCUGUAUUUAUUCCUCUAUGUCUUCAAUAGGAUCUCGCUGGAGAUCUGCCACAGUGCCAUGUUCCUGAGGAUGAUCUUGGGCAUGGACGUGUACCUGGCCAUUCUGGUCUUGCUGGCCAUUGCUAGCAUUUACACCAUCACAGGUGGAUUGGCAGCUGUGACUUUUGCCAAUUGUUUACAUGCUAGCAUUAUGGUUGUGGGAUUAUUUUUGUUAAUGUGCUAUGCCUUUGUUGCAGUGGGAGGAUACCAGGAGCUGCUGAAUAAGUACUUUGAUGCCAUCCCCAGUGUCAUCAGUGAUGGCAACUGGACUGCCACACCCGAGUGCUACCUCCCUCGCCCGGAUGCUUUCCACAUUUUCCGUGAUCCCGUCUCUGGGGACAUCCCCUGGCCAGGACUCCUCUUUGGUGUCUCUUCCCUCACCUUCUACUUCUGGAGUGCGGAUCAGGUUUUUGUCCAGCUAUGCCUGGCAGGGAAGAACCUGAGUCACGUAAGAGGUGGCUGCCUUGUGUGUGGGUACCUGAAGCUGGUGUUACUGUUCUGUCUCGUGAUGCCCGGAAUGAUCAGCCGCAUCCUGUUCCCAGAUAAAGUGGCGUGUGUGGUGCCUUAUGAAUGUCAGAAGUUCUGCGGGGCCAGUACCAACUGCAAACCCAUUGCUUAUCCAAUGCUGGUGAUAAAACUGCUGCCCAGUGGUUUACGGGGCUUGUUGCUGUCCUCUGUGUGCGCCUCCUUCAUGUCCUCCCUGACUUCCGUCUUCAACAGUGCCAGUGCCCUGUUCACACUGAACAUCUAUGCCCACAUGCGGCCCAUGGCCACGGAGAAGGAACUCAUGAUAACAGGAAGCUCCCUGCUAAUGUACCCGGAAAAGCAGCAGAGGAGGGCCCAAGUGCUUGGGCCCCUGCACCCAUAUCAGAGACCUGGAAGAAGUGCCUGGCUCCUGGCUUCAACCUGGCCCAGCACCAGCUGUUGCAGCCAUUUGGGGAGUGAACCAAAAAUGGAAGAUCUGUGUGUGUAUGUCUCCCUCUUUCUGUUUUUUGUUAUAAUCUUGUUUGCUGUCACCAUUGUCUGGGUCCCUAUUAUGAACACGCUCCAGAGCGAAACACUCUAUGAAUACAAGCAGGCAGUCAGGAGUUACUUGACGCCGCCCAUUACUGCCAUCUUCCUACUUGCCAUCUUUUGCAAGAGAGUCAAUGAGAAGGGUGCCUUCUGGGGGCUGAUUUUGGGCACUGUGAUGGGCUUCUCUCGACUGCUGGUCGACUUCAUCUUCAGCCAGCCCUGGAGCUGCAUGCAGAAGAGCAGGUGUCCUGCCUUCCUCUGCGGCGUGCACUACCUCUACUUCAACUUGAUCCUCUUGGCGAUCAGCCUGCUCAGCAUGCUGGUGAUCUCCCUGGCCACGGACCCCAUUCCCGACAAACACCUCCACCGGCUCUGCUGGAGUUUGCGCAACAGCCAGGAGGAAAGGGUGGAUCUGAAGGUGGAAAUGCGAUGGAAGAGACUCUCCAAGUCCCCGCCGCAGCCUGAGAUGUUCAAGGAGGGCCACUCCUGCAUCUGGAGGACUUGGACCCUGUUCUGUGGCCUGGACCCCCAACCAGGCCCCAAGCUGGCCCCAGAAAAGGUGAAGGAGGAGGCUGUGCAGCAGAGGGACCUGUCGCUGGAAGGGGCAGAGGGGCUGGCCCCAGGAGAGGCAGCCAGGAGGUCAGAAGAUGCAAAGGGGGGUGGCAGGUGGCCAAAGUCCCUGGUGAAGUGGGUGCUCAAUGGCCUCUUGUUCAGCUUGAUCACACUUGUGGUUGCCGGCUUCAUCUACUAUGCCUGAGGCCGCUGUGGCCCAGGGCAGCUGGGAGGGCAGGCAGAGCUGCCCCAGGUUCCAGGGUCCCUGGCAUGAAGGGGGUCUAGCAUUUCCUCUGGGAAUGCCCAAGGACAUGGGGCCAAGAAUGGCUGUAAUGAGAACACUCCCUCAGUGUCAGAUGUCAAGUGCCACUAGCCACAAGGCCUGUGUGCCGGGCAGGACAGAGUGAAGUCCAUUUGCGAUGAUAUACUAUGCAAAUGAGAACAGCUGUUCCUUUGCAGAAUGAGUCAUUUUCUCCAAAUGUUUCUCCUGCAUAAACACUGACUUUCACUUUAAAUUUAAUUUUGGCUUUUUAUCUCUAGAUAUAUUUGGGGUUUUUGCUUGUGUUUACUUGACUCUCACCAUCUCUCUCCAACCUCUGUCACUUUGUUCUUCGUUCGUUUUUGAAGGUACGGUCCUGCUGGCAAAGACGUUGUACUGUACAAGCCCUGCCCUGCCCCCUGUGCCACCCCAUCAGGGGAUGUCAGCCACAGGUGCUAUGAGUGCUGAUGACCACACAGGCCAUGGAGCCACAGCCUGGACCAGGCACAACGGGCUUCCCACAGCUCAGCAUGGGCGGGGGACGGGGGCGGGCACCUGCCACACAUGGGUACAGGCUUGGUCUGUCUGUGGCGAGGACGGCCACUCUAUAGGGAUUCCCUAAACCUCCCCUUCCUCCUCCUUAUUCUCAGGCCAGAAUACAUAUCUGUGUCUUUAGGAGAAGUUUCCCACACCCUGACGUGGUGUGGGGGCAGCCUAGCCAGCACCAUGCAAAGCACCCUGAAGGCUCCUCGAGGACCUGCCCUCACCUCUCUUUCAACCUCAUGUGACAGUUUCGAGGGCCCACUCUAUGCCAGCCACUGUGUUGCGCUCCAGGAAAACAGCUAUGCGUGGAGCACAGGGACCUGCUCUGAGGGCAUGCAGUCAAGGGAGAGACACUAAUAGCUGGCGUCUCGCACGCCCUGCUGUUCUUGUACCAGGGCAAGUGCAUUAUCACGUUCAAGCCAUAGAACCACCCUUGGGGGAGGAUUAGGGUUAAACACAUUUCACAAGGGAAGAGACUGGAGGGUGGGCAUGAGGCCCCACUCUUGCCUGUCAUGCAGUGUGUGUGCUGCAGGAGCGCCCAGCAGGGGAUCACAGAGGGGAUAGCACGUCGGAAGACAUGGGCUGGGGCUCAAGGCAUGUCACAUAUAUGGGAGGACAGUCGGGGUUUUUCCAUUGCCUUAGGAUCCUAAGUGUCCAAGAGUGGAUGCAGGGAGGUGAUGGGAUGAGAUUUGCCAGGAUGCUGCUGGGAAGACAAGGAGACUGUUCAGGAGACUGCUAGAGCAUGCAGGCAAGUUAGUGACAGAGAGGCAAAGAGAAGAGCCUUUUGCAGGGAGGGCCCCAGGGUGACUGGCUUGAGCAUGUGGAGACUGGCCACACUGGGGGAAGGUCUCUGUUUCCCGUGUGUUGGGUCUCAGCUGCAUGCCGUUAUUUAUUACCAUCUUGGUAGCACUCGGUCUUCUGAUCCAUGAACAUGGGCUAUCUUUCCUUUUCUUUUGGUCUUUACAAUGCUUUGUUUUUCAGAGCCAAAGUAUUGCCCUUCUUUUUUUUUAACUUUUAUUUAAUGAAUAUAGAUUUCCAAAGUACAGUUUAUGGACUACAUUGGCUUCCCCCCCCCAAUGACUUCCCUCCCACCAGCAACCCUCCCCUUUCCCGCUCUCUUUCCCCUUCCAUUCAUAUCAAGAUUCAUUUUCAAUUUUCUAUAUAUACAGAAGAUCAGUUUAGUAUACAUUAAGUAAAUAUUUCAACAGUUUGCACCCACAUAGAAACACCAAGUGAAAAAUACUGUUUGAGUACUCAUUAUAGCAUUAAAUCUCAAUGUAUAGCACAUUAAGGACAGAGAUCCUACAUGAGGAGUAAGUGCACAGUGACUCCUGUUGUUGACUUUACAAAAUGACACUCCUGUUUAUGGCAUCAGUAAUCUCCCUAUGCUCCAGUCAUGAAUUUCCAAGGCUAUGGUCUUGCCCUUCUUUUGUCAAUUUUAUUUCUAAGUGUUUUUGUUCUUUUUGAUGCUACCAUAAGUGAAAUUUUCUUUCUUUUUAAAAAAAAAUAUUUAUUUAUUUAUUUAUUUAUUUAUUUAUUUGAAAGGCAGAGUUACAGAGAGGCAGAGGCAGAGAGAGAGUCUUCCAUCCACUGGUUCACUCCCCCAGAUGGCUGCAAAUAACUGGAGCUACACUGAGCAGAAGCCAGGAGCCAGGAGAUUCUUUCAGGUCUCCCAUGUAGGUGCAGGAACCCAAAGACUUGGGCCAUCUUCUACUGCUUUCCCAGGCCACACCAGAGAGGUGGAUCAGAAGUGGAGCAGCCAGGACUCAUAUGGGAUGCUGGUACUGCAGACCAGGGCUUUAACCCACUGUGCUACAGCACCGGC